AGGCGUUUCGAAUUCAUUUCUUGUUAUUAUUUUUUUUAAAAAAAGAAAUCUUUAUAAAGGUAAACUACGGCGGCGCGAUUUUAGUUGUAAUCAAUUAUUAGGUUUUAACUAUGAAGCGUACGUGUUUCAAGCAAUUUUUAAUUAACAUCUGCAGUUUCGGCGUGCUAUAUUUCUUUGGCCAAUAUGGAGUAUGCUUCGCCUCUGCAUGCAAUAAAAAUCCUUACAUUAAAGAGACUGGACCAUUGGUGGAAACUAGCUCUGGGCCGAUAGUUGGUAAAUACGUUAAGGUAUUCGACACAGAUGUUGCAGCCUUCUUAGGUAUACCAUUUGCAAAGCCUCCGAUAGGAGAAAAGCGAUUCGCCAAACCGGAACCAAUAGGAAAGUGGGAAACACCGAUCUUUGCCAAUGCGAAACCUUCAUCUUGUGUGCAGUUUUCUAGCAGAGAUUUUCAUUGGAUUCCCAAGGGAAUAAACAUAAGUGAAGACUGUCUGUAUUUAAAUGUAUGGACACCAGUUCACUGCAAUUGCAAUGAUUUUAAUAAAUUACCUGUUUUGGUGUGGAUUCAUGGUGGUGGAUUUUAUGCUGGCUCAUCGACUAUGGAUGUAUAUGACGGUAGUAUAUUUUCCUCUUACGGUGAUGCUGUCAUUGUUAGUGUGAACUACAGAUUGGGAAUAUUUGGCUUUCUUAAUGCUGGCAUAGAUCAAGCGCCAGGAAAUGUUGGUCUUUUUGAUCAACUUUUAGCGUUGAAAUGGAUUAAUGCCAAUAUUCAAAAUUUCGGUGGAGAUCCAAACAGCAUUACACUUUUCGGAGAAAGUGCCGGGUCAAUUUCAAUCAACGAUCUCUUGCUUUCACCGUUGUCAGAUGGACUCUUUCACAAGGUGAUUAUGGAGAGUGGUACAGCUUAUUACCAGUACUAUACGGAUAAUUCUAAUAUAGCCUUAUUUAAAGCAAGCACGUUUUCCAAAGUGGUUGGGUGUGAGAGCGAGAACAAAACUUUAGCAACUAGCCCGGUGGAAGUGGUGCAGUGUUUGAAGGAGAAAGAUUCUUCUCAACUUGCUGAAGCUGAGAACAUGUUUACCUCUAAAUUCCCUCUUUUCUUCACCCCAACAUUCGGAGACGAAUUUUUGCCACAACAUCCCAUAUUACAGAUGAAAUCUGGCGAAUUUCCUCAGUUGCCUAUUCUAAUUGGUAAUAACAAAAACGAAGGAUCUGUCUUUUUGUCCUAUGCCAUGCCGGACGUGUUUCCGAGUGACAAAAGUGUGAAUCUUACUUUGCUGCAAGCUAAAAAUGUUAUACGUGGAUUAUUUGCUAAUGCGCCAGAAGUUUCUCCAGAAGUAGUGUUUGCUUUUUAUUUCCGGAAUAUAACCGAAGACAACUCUGCCGAGGUUGUGCAAGCAAUUUCAAAUGCUUUUGGCGAUUUCACUUUCAAUUGCCCAUCAUUGUUUCUCGCCGAAAAAACUAACAAUUCAAGAUUGUAUUGGUUAACGCAUCGUUCUCUGAAGGAAGGUGACGCGGAAUGGAUGGGAAUACCACAUUUUUAUGAAGUACAAUAUAUUUUUGGCAAGCCAAUCAUUGAUGCACUCAAAUAUACACCGGAAGAUGGGAAGUUUAGUGGUGAUCUGAUCAAGAAAUGGGUGAAUUUCGCUCGUACAGGCAACCCAAUCUCAGAUAACAGCAACGGCUAUUGGCCGAAACUGGUGGCAUUAAAUCCUACUGCAUAUGAGUUAAAUCCUAGAAGUGAAGGAGCUAUACCUCACCCUAGAUUAGAAGCCUGUGAAUUCUGGAGGCCUUACAUAGUGUACAAGUAAAGUUGAAAUUAAUGCAAGGAUAUUUAUUUUACAUCUUGAUCAAAAGCCUUUUUACCUUGGAUAAGUGUUCUUAGAAACACUAAACGAUUGUUGAAUCUUUUGGAGUUCCAAUAUCUUUUAAAUCACAUAGGAUUAAAAUCUCUAAACCUCGUAAAGUUUAGGUUUUUUUUUCUUCCCAAAGUUGUUAGAGAAAGUGACAAUUACGUCCAUAUACAAUCUUUAUAUACAUUAUGAGUUUUCCUUCCGAUUUUUCUGCUAAAAUGUAAACCUGUGUACAAGUUUUUACCUGACAUUUUACUAUUUAAUUUUUAAAAACUAGUUGAUUAAACGACUAGCUGAUUAAACGAAGAUUGGAAUUUUGUCGAUUUUGUGACAAUUUUAUUUUGUGAAGUGUUUGAAUUUGAUAUACAUGUAUAUUUUAGAAAGAUUUGUAAUUUAAUUCCUGAUUUGUAAAUAAAUUUUAACUCAUUUGA